AUGCAAGAUAAACCCCUAUCACGAAGAGGAAUCCUGUCAACAGUCAGCUCAGCGUUUGACUCCCUCGGUUUGGUCGCUCCAUUCAUUCUGGUAGGCAAGCAAAUUCUGCAAGAGCUGUGCCGUGAUGGUGUCCGCUGGGAUGACGAAGUUCCUGACAAGUUAAGACCCAAAUGGGAGAAGUGGAGAGCUGAACUUCCGGCUUUAGAAAGGCUCAGAGUAGCAAGAUGUCACAAGCCUCAAGAGUUUGACAAAGUUAUGAACGUAGAGCUGCACCACUUCUCGGACACUUGUCAGAAUGGCUAUGGGCAGUGUUCCUACAUCCGACUGGUUGAUGACAAGAAUCGUGUUCAUUGUUCCCUGGUGAUGGGAAAGUCGCGUGUAACGCCCCUUAAACCAGUGACGACACCCAGACUAGAACUGACUGCUGCUGUCGUCUCAUCAAAGAUCAGUUGCAUGCUGCGGAAGGAACUGGAGUACGCAGAGAUGAAAGAAGUCUUCUGGACCGAUAGUAGAACGGUGUUAGGAUACAUCAGCAACGACACCAGAAGGUUUCAUGUGUUCGUUGGCAAUCGCAUCCAACAAAUACGCGAGCGGACAUCCCCUAACCAGUGGCACUACGUAGGAACAAAAUCCAAUCCUGCAGAUAUCGCCUCCCGCGGUACUGGUGCCCAAGAGCUAAUCGACAACACUUUGUGGUGGAAUGGGCCGGAUUUUCUCUGGAACUCUGUGGAUGACACUCCCUCAAUUCCUCCUGAUGACCCAGAGGUCAGGAACGUUUCUGUAAGAGCAACUCAGAUUCAAGAGCCAAAGCUAUCAUCUCUAUUGGAGCGCUUGACUUAUUUCUCCAACUGGCAUCGACUAAGGAAAGCGAUUGCUGUCUGUCUCCGAUUGCAACAAAGAUUCCAAAAGACAGCUGCUGGAGGACAGAAAGAAAAGAAGAGAAAUGAAAGGAUCGCUACAUACAAGCCGGUUGAUGUCAAGGAACUACAACAUGCUGAGCUGCAAACCAUCAAGAUAGUGCAGAACAAAGCGUUCCAAGAUGAAAUUCAAUUGCUGAGGGAUGCUAAUAUCAAAUCACCAGCCGCCGACCAAGAUGCCAGCAAAGAAAAGAUGAAGACGAUGAAGAGGUCGAGUUCGCUCUACAAACUUGACCCCUUUCUAGACGAAGAAGGCAUACUACGAGUUGGUGGGUGA